CCUCGUUUAUUGUAUUUGUCACUGCUCUGCUCUGUGGUCACUCCUUCCUUUCAUUUUCUCUUCUCAAUCUGUCCCUUCUCAUUUCUCUUCUCAAGCAGGGUAAUGGAGAUGCCUCUACCAUUGAGGCAUUUCACACCCUUCCUCUUCUCCCACUCAUAAAGAUCCUUUCAAGAUGGCUAAUCACCAUCAUCACCCUCACCAAAAAUCCCUUUUCGACACCCUAUACUGCUCUGAAGAGCAUUGGGAAGAACACGUAGGCCAAGAUGAAUUAGAACAAACCGAGCAUGUGUACGGUUGUGAUUAUAUAAGCGCUAACACUAGUACCACUAGCACAAUAAUAAACACGCCUCCUACGUUGUUUGAAAAUGACAUGUUUUGCGACGAAGAAGAGUUACCAUCACUUCUCUCUAAAGAACAACACAACCCUCUAUUCACGUUCCUCCAAAGCCACCCUCUGUUGGACUGUUCUCGUAGAGAAGCUGUCGAAUGGAUGCUCAAAGUGAACGCCCACUACUCCUUCUCUGCUCUCACUGCUGUUCUUGCUGUUAACUACUUUGACCGGUUCCUCUUCAGCUUCCGCUUUCAGAAUGGGAAGCCAUGGAUGACUCAGCUUGCUGCUGUGGCUUGCCUCUCUCUCGCUGCCAAGGUCGAAGAGACACAAGUUCCCCUUCUACUAGACCUUCAAGUGGAGGAUAGUAGAUACUUGUUCGAAGCCCAAACCAUUAAAAGGAUGGAGAUUUUGGUUCUUUCCACUCUUGGGUGGAAGAUGAAUCCACCAACCCCUCUUUCUUUUCUUGAUUAUAUCACGAGAAGACUUGGAUUGAAGGAUCAUCUUUGCUGGGAGUUACUCAAGAGGUGCCAAGGCGUUCUUCUCUCUCUCCUCGGAGAUUCCAGGUUUAUGAGUUAUCUGCCUUCUGUGUUGGCAAAUGCUACAAUGAUGCACGUUGUGAAUAAUGUGGAUCCUCAUCUAGGAGCUGAAUACCAGAACCAGCUGUUUGGUAUUCUCGGAAUUAACGAGGACAAGGUGAACGAGUGUUGCAAGCUGAUGUUGGAAGUGUGGUCGGGGUACGACCAGGGGAAGAAGCAAUGCGCGAAACGCAAGUUUGGGUCGGUUCCUGGUAGCCCAAACGGCGUAAUGGAUGUGUCGUUUAGCUGUGAUAGCUCCAAUGACUCGUGGGCAGUAGCUGCUUCUGUGUCUUCCUCACCAGAACCUUUGUCUAAGAAGACUAGGACUCAAGACCAUUCCAACUCGCAUUUUCUCAGCAUUACUCGCUAGCUAGUAGACCCUUUAAUUUCAACCACUCUCUCUUCUUAUGUGCCUUAAUAACAACGUAUCUUUUUUUAAUCUUUUUGACGGGCAAGUUAAAUUGCCAACAAUCUCUGCGUAUAACUAUUGCCUACUUCCCUUCGCAAGUCAUUGACGGAUUUAGAUUAGAUCUUCGCCACGAAGCCUGAGAUGGGUGUAUAGGAUUGGGAGCAGAGAUUGUUGGCAUUUUAUGCGGAACAAAUUUAUUUAAUAAUAUAUAUAAAAAAAGAA